AUGGCGGAGGGCGAGGAAGCUGGCCCCUUGCCUGCCUGCCCAGACGGCCACAGCUUGGAACCCGACGAGCGACCUGACCACUUCUGCGACAGCUGCGACAAGCAUGGCACGCAUUACAGCUGCCCCAAAGACUGUGACUAUGACCUGUGCAAGUACUGCUUUGCACACCUUCAGCAGCACCCUCCGCCUGAACAACGGGCGCGCCUGAAGAGGGAGGAUGCAGAACUGUCUGCAUACUUCGGUGGCCCUUACUUCGAGGGUGCUGUCUUGCAAAGCAAGCAGUACGAGGCAAGCAAGGUGCACAACGUGUACAGUUUCAGAUACAAUGCUCCAGACGGCUACGUGCACGUCUGGAGGCAUGUAUUCGACCUGCGCGAGUUGAACUCGGCUAGCAGAAGCAAACAGGAAGAUGCCGUUGUUUUGUAUCAUUACACCAAUGAACUGACCUUCUUAAAUGUGGGCGACAUGCAGCUUACUGCUGCCAAACUCCUCGCUUCCCUGGUGGACAGUCGCGCUCAUUUUGGAAAAGGGAUCUAUGUGACACAGCAUGAGCCGGCUGUAUGGGGCAGACGCAUGAGGGUUCUGCUGAACAACUACAGCAAUGGAAGCCCCCUGCGCGCUGAUCUUGAAGAUGCUGACAGUCAGGAAGUGCUGCGAACUUGGAGCGGCCGAUCCGGCCACUGCAUCCCCCUGGUGGUGCCGGCUGGGCUGGCUUACAACAUUUUCGAGCGGCAGACGCCCGACAUGCAAGAAAAGCGCUUGGAAUGCGAUGGCGGACGGCCGAUUGCCCUUGGGGAAGACUACAAGGGCCGAGCCGUGGAUCGCAACCGAGAUGUGUGGGUGAUCCGUAUCACUGAUCAAACUGGUCAGAUUCUGAAUGCUCUUCAUGAUGCAGAGGCCUUUGUCAGUCUUCUGCGAACGCGCCUUGAGAAAUUGCGCCUUCAAAGCAAUGGUGAGGGCAUCGCAACGUGCAUUAUGGAGCUGGCGCAGCGGUUGGCUGCGCGAGGUCAGCAUGAAGAGUCCGAAGAUUUGUACCGGGAGUGCCUUGAACUGCGUCGUAAGCAGUUUGGCGACAUGAAUCCAAACACGCUUACAAGCAUGAACAACUUGGCUGAGCUUUUGAAAGCCCAAGGGAAGUUUGAAGAGGCCGAGUCCUUGCAUCGAGAGUCACUCGCUGGAUGGCGCACUCAUGGCAAUGCUCCCAACACCUUGGCAAGCAUCGGCAACCUCGCUGAGCUUCUGAGGGUACAAGGGAGGCACGAGGAGGCAGAGCCCUUGCAGCGAGAAGCGUUAAUUGGAAGUCGAAAGCAGUUUGGUCAGAUGCAUCCGAACACACUCAGAAACAUGCACAAAAUGGCCAUGUUGUCGAAAGUGCAAGGGAAUCUUCAAGAGGCAGAAUCUUUGUUUCGGGAGGCAGAACACGGAUGUCGUUUGCAAUUCGGUCCUGUUCAUCCGGAAACGCUCGCUUGCAUCAGUAACUUGGCUGAGCUGCUGCGCACACAGGAUAGGCUGGAAGAGUCCGAGCCUCUGCAACGAGUAGCCCUGGAUGGAAGUCGCAAGCAGCUUGGCGAUACCCAUCCAAAUACUUUGAGAAGCGUAAACAAUCUGGCCAUGCUGCUGAAGGCCCAAGGGCGUUGUGAUGAGGCAGAGACUUUAUUUCGAGAAACUCUGAAGGGACGUCGAGCUCAGAUGUCUGACCAUCCAGACACCCUGGCAACGAUGGAGAACUUGGCUGAGCUCUUACGUGGGCAAGGCAGGCUUGAAGAGGCCGAACCUUUGUUUCGAGAGGCCCUGGGUGGUUGUCGCACCCAGUUCGAUGCGGCACACCCACAGAGAGUCACUACUACCAAACACUUAGCUAUGCUGCUCGAAGCACGUGGAAUGUCUGAGGAGGCUGUGACUUUGCUGCGAGAGGUUGUGGACACUUGGCCAGAAGAGGUUGGCUAUGCUGAGCAAAGUGAAGUGGUCCCAUCGUCGCUGUCCCAGCUAUUGCUCUGA